AUGGUUGGAACACAAUACAGAGUUGGGACACAACUCAAUAAUAACACCUCUUACUUCCAAUUCUUUCAUUCCAAUUCCUACACGUUCAAGGCUGGACACAGGUAUGAAUUCUUCAUGAAGCCCCAAGUACCAGAAUCUACUCAAAAAGAAGCAGGAAAUGUCAAGAUUGAUAUUUUGGACAUUACUCAUUUGCAGCACUUGCCUGGAGUCGAGAGCUUGAUUCAAAAAGCAAACCCUGUCUAUGCCUUUGAGGAGUCAGUAUCUGAGCUGGUCGAAGCUGGAGCAGACAUCACAUUUACGUUCUCCUUGUAA